CACGGCCGCCCGAGUGUCGCGAUGGGGUCGGAGACGCGCGUGCGGGUCACGGCGCUGAUCCGCAGCGCAGGGCACGGCGGCGUCGGCCGGCAUCCCUGCAGAGAGCAGCGGGCCGUUGGCGGGCAGCCCAGCCGCCUCCCUCCGGCAGGGGGAGCCCGGGGCGGCGGCAGCCGCGGUGGCACCCGAGGAAGAUGGCGGCAGCCGCCUCCGAACAGCAAAGUUCCAAUGGGCCAGUGAAGAAAUCUAUGCGUGAGAAGGCUGUAGAGCGCAGGAACGUCAAUAAGGAGCACAACAGUAACUUCAAAGCCGGGUACAUUCCAAUUGAUGAAGACCGACUCCAUAAGACAGGCUUACGUGGCAGGAAAGGCAACUUGGCCAUCUGCGUGAUUAUUCUUCUUUUUAUUUUGGCUGUCAUCAAUCUGAUUAUUACACUUGUUAUCUGGGCAGUGAUUCGAAUUGGUCCCAAUGGCUGUGACAGUAUGGAGUUCCACGAGAGCGGCUUACUGCGGUUUAAGCAAGUUUCUGACAUGGGUGUUAUACAUCCACUAUAUAAAAGCACUGUGGGAGGCAGAAGGAAUGAAGAUUUGGUGAUCACUGGAAAUAAUCAGCCUAUUGUAUUUCAGCAAGGAACAACCAAGCUUAGUGUGGAAAAAGAUAAAACUUCCAUCACCAGUGAUAUCGGCAUGGAAUUUGUUGACCCACGGACACAAAAUACGCUGUUCAGCACAGACUAUGAAACCCACGAGUUUCAUCUGCCAAGUGGAGUUAAAAUCUUGAAUGUACAGAAGGCCUCUACAGAGAGGAUUACUAGCAAUGCAACCAGUGACCUCAACAUAAAGGUUGAUGGCCGUGCUAUUGUCCGUGGAAAUGAAGGCGUUUUCAUCACAGGCAAGACCAUUGAGUUUCGAAUGGGGGGUAACAUGGAGCUUAAAGCAGAAAACAGCAUUAUCCUGAACGGAACUGUGAUGGUCAGCCCAUCGCGACUGCCAAGCUCUUCUUACGGGGAGCAGUUUAACAACGGCAACUGGCUGCGAUUCAAGCUCUGUAUGUGUGCGGAUGGAACGCUGUUCAAGGUGCAAGUGACAGGCCACAACAUGGGUUGUCAGACCUCUGUCAAUCCGUGUGGAGCCACACACUAAAACACAAAGCACUACCAGAAGAGUUCUCUUAUGCGUUUACAUGUAUUUGUAUGAAGUAACUGCAUGCCUUCAAGGAUUUCUGUUUCUACAAGAGUUUAUACUAACAUUUAUUACAUAAUAUUUUUAAGCACAGGCUAUUAUAUUCAGCAGUUCAAUGUCAUCGUCAUGCUAGCUGUACAUAAUAGUGGCACUGGUUUAGUAAGCUUUCAGUUUAUGCGCAUACUGAAACACCUUCCUGAAUUGGGAUCAGUAGAAUAUGUUUAAAGAACUGAAGCAUGACUAUAAGCAGCAGUGUCCAAGAUCAGGUCUUUUUUUUUUUUUUUUCCUGUGAAUGUCAGAAUUGUUAGUAUUCAAUUCUGAAGCUAGACUGAAGUCUGCAAUUCUUUGUGGUGGUAUUGGAUCCCAUGACAGCAAAGUAACUGCAGGUAUAUCUGAAUUUGUCAACAAAGAAACUGUGUCUAUGGUGAGCUGGGGCCUUAUGAAUAAAUAACUACUGUAUCCUUAGAACUGCUUUGGUAAAGGGACAGUGUUCUGUGCUAAAAAGAGAUCAGCUCAUUAUCCUCAUCCUUCCCCCACGUACUUCUGUUUGAAAUAGGUUUGCUGUGUGUUUUGUUUUACAGUAGCAUCAAAUAAUCUUAAUAGAGGAGGCCACAAUGGUGACUUUGCAAGUCAUUUUUUGACAAGUUUUUUUAGAUAAGCACAUACUUAUCUUCCUAAAAGUUGUGCAGAAGUUAACAUUUAACUUCAGAAUUGGGCAUUUGAUAUGGGAAUAUAAGUUACCUACCUUUGUUUUAUAGCUCUCAAAGUACGCUGAAUUCCAGAAAAGACAAGUCAGCUCCUACUGCCAUUGAAUUACACUAAAGAUUAUGGGAAAGUAUGUUUUGCAUACUGCCUUUAUGAACUUCAUAGUUUAACUACAGUUAAUGUAUUAAUCAUGCUGAAAACAUGCACAUUUGCUGCACUUAGCAGUUCUCAAUGAGUAUGUUUCACCUGAGGAAAUAAAACUAUUACAUUUUUAGAACUUGCACUUACUUGAUAAUGGCACAGUUUGUCACUUUAUUUACACACGUAUAUAUGCAAAUAUAUAUACAAUUAUAUAAUGCUGCUUAUAUUCAUAUAUAUUACACAUAUCUGCAUGUACAUGCAAAUACUGACAUACAUAACUGACAUUAAUUAAUAGCGAAGUAUUUAGAUAUAUAAAUAUAAGCAGCAGUGUCCUCAAAGCUGAAAUAAUAGAUCUUGGUAAACGACAGAUACUGCCUUGGUCAAGUAGAAUACACAUGAAGAGCACUUUAUAGCUCUUCUCUGCUUGAUACCACGCCUCCAUGCUAGGAUUGGAUUCCAGACCUGUAAUUAUCAAGAAUUCAUGUACUGCACACAGCAUAGCUGAGAGAUGCGGCACAAAGGUACUCUUAAAUCAUGGUCUGGAGAAUUGAUUUUGAAGUGUGGAUUUUUAGUCAAAAUGUAGCAAAAGCAGUCAUAUAAAUACCAAAUGAUAUAAAUUAUUGACUUGCUGGCCACUGUUUAUGCACUGGUAAAGUAUUUUAUUUACACAUUACACAGUUUGAUAAACGUAUUUUGUUGCCUUCAUUACAGUUUGAGAAAUGUUGACAUCACAUGCCCUCUGUUGUGCAGUUAUUUGUUUUUUAUCUUCUAACUGCCUGAAAUACAUUUUUCUAUGCUUAUUUAAAACACUGUGUGGCACACUAUUUAUUUCAGUCCCACAGAUGCACUUGAAAUGCUGUGUUUAAAGCACAUUCUACAUGCUUCUGUGUAAGAAUCUACUGGGUACGCCAAAACAAUGUACAUGUGAUGGUUCUCGGCAUCGGUGAAGGUGGUGGUUGUUUCAAAAGCUGGAAGACAAUUGCAUUUCUAAUUUUUGUUUUUAAAUGAAACAAUAAAUUUUAAGACUCA